UAAAAAAAUAUUUCUCGUUGUCUUAAAUGUCCUUAUAUUCGGGCGGCAAAACGUUCUGUUCACUUCCGAUUCACUCGUUGCCUGAGGCGAAGUCGGUGCUGACAUAAAUUAAAUUUAAUUGAAAUGCCAGGAAAGUGUAGAUUUAACAAUGUCUGGCUUCACUUGGAAACAUACAAUACAUGGCUCGAAAAGGUCCAGGACCCGAGGAAAGCGAGAUGUGGACUAUGUUCUAAGAUAAUUGACAUCUCUAAUAUGGGAGAAUCAGCGCUCACUAGCCAUGCUAAAGGCGCCAAGCACCAGGCAGUAAAGGCUGCGCGUGAAGGCUCAAGCAUGACUAUCACUAGCUUCUUUUCUCCUCCGGCGACAUCGACCAAUGUUAGGCUAAUUGCAGGUUCUUCCAUCACGAGUCAGGUUGAAGGCACAAGACAAGGGACUAUCUCAAAUGAUAGACAAGACGCGUUAAGGGCCGAGGUAUUGUGGGCGUUAAAAGUCGCAAACUCCCACUAUUCUUUUAAAUCGUGCGAGGAUGUCAGCGCACUGUUCAGAGCUAUGUUUCCUGACAGUCAGUUGGCAGCCAAAUUUGCGUGUGGGGAACGUAAGUGUGCUUACUUGUGUAAUUUUGGAUUGGCUCCUUAUUUUAAACAGCUCACUUUGAAGACAGUCACUACACAGAUGUCUUAUGUACUUUUAUUUGAUGAGAGCCUGAAUAAUUACCUACAGACUAAACAGUUAGAUGUCCAUGUCAGGCUAUGGGACGGGCCCAAUGUGAAGACCAAAUACAUCGGUUCAGAGUUCCUGGGGCAUUCAAUCGCCAAAGAUGUUGUUGAGAAACUCAACAACUUGCUUUCACAGCUCGGAAUGACCAACCUCAUCCAAAUCUCGAUGGAUGGACCGAACGUGAAUUGGAAAGUGUUUGAAAUCCUUCAAAAGCAGCUGCAGAUUGAUGUGGGAAAGUCACUUAUCAACAUCGGGUCGUGCGGUUUGCAUAUACUGCACAAUGCAUUUAGAGGCGGAUGUAAAGCGAUUGGAUGGGACAUUGAACAUGGACUUUCUUGUCUCUACUGGCUGUUUCACGACUCCCCAGCCCGGCACGAGGACUUUGUGACAGCGACUGGAUGCAGCACGAGCAUGCUAAAGUUUUGCAAGCACCGGUGGGUCGAGAAUGUUAACGUAGCGGACAGAGGAUUACAACUCUGGCCGCAUGUGAAACGAUACGUGGAGAUGGUAGGGAGAGGCGAACUCCCCAAUCCAAAGGUGAAAUCGUUUGAGGAGGUGAAGAACCGGUGUGCUGAUCCUCUCUUCACUGUAAAGGUUGGCAUAUUCAUCAGCAUUGCGCGAGAAAUUGAGCCCUUUCUCAACAUGUAUCAGACGGACCAACCAAUGCUGCCAUUCCUUGCUGAGGACAUGACUAGACUGAUCAAAGGACUCAUGGGCCGAUUUGUGGUGGACAUGCACCUGAAGGAAUCAUCCACACUCAAGCUCCUGAAUGUGCCUUACCAGGACCGUAACCUGCACAAAGAUGCUUCUCAAAUUGACCUUGGGUUCACUGCAGAAUCUACACUAAAGCAACUUAAGUUCACUAAACAGGUUUCAGAUAAGCAGUCCCUAGAGAUAAGAUUGGACAGUAAGAAACUUCUGAUGAAUCUUCUUGACAAGCUGCUGGCAAAGGCUCCUGUGAAACACACCUUAGUAAGAUGCCUACAAUGCUUAGACCCGAGACACAUGGCCAAAUCUAAGGAACAGUGUGUUAGACAAAUGAUGAUAGUACUACGCAGUAUUGUGGAGGCUAAACAUGUAAACAGCACUGUAUGUGAUGAUGUGAUGAGAGAGUUCCGGGAGUUUUGCGAUUUGGCUAAAUUACAGACUAAAUUCAGGGAUUUUGACCCCAAAGCAGAGCGUGUGGACACACUGCUGUAUGAGACAAUGGGGACCAACCCCUCUUUUUCCAGACUGUGGGAUGUAGUGAAGGUUGUACUUGUGCUGUCUCAUGGACAGGCAAGUGUAGAGAGAGGAUUCUCAAUAAAUAAAGAGCUAAUUGUGGAAAAUCAGAAGGAAUUGUCUUUGGUAGCUCAAAGGCUCAUUGUUGACCAUGUCAGGUCUGUUGGAGGUGUAUCAAAUGUAGCCAUCACAAAAGAUUUGCUUCUGUCAGCAGGAGGAGCCAGGCAAAGAUAUCAUGGCUACCUUGAUGAACAAAAAAGAGUGUCAAAACAGGAUGCAGUAGACUUAAAGCGGAAGAAGCUUAGUGACGAACUCCAAGGUCUGAAAAAGAAGAGGGCCACCAUUGAGACAGAUGUGUUUGCCCUCGAAAAAUCUGCUGAUGAAUUGUCAGAGAAAGCUGAAAAAACAAGUUGUCUAACGUUAAUUUCCAAAUCAAACAGUUUCCGUCGGACAGCAAAGGAAAAAAGAGCUGCUCUGUUCAACAUUGAGAAGCAAAUUGAUGAAAAGCUUGCAGAAAUGAAAAAGUGAAGUGUGUGUGUGUGUGUGUGUGUGUGUGUGUGUGUGUGUGUGUGUGUGUGUGUGUGUGUGUGUGUGUGUGUGUGUGUGUGUGUGUGUGUGUGUGUGUUUAAAAAUGGAAGGUUAUGUCCUCCAUAUGUGUUGUAAACUUAAGUAGGGUGAAAAAAAGAUUAAACUCUAGUUGUGCAUUCACUGUUCAAUCUCCACUACUGCCCAAUUAGUUGUUAAUUUGCAGUUGCUGUGUUUUAUCAGGACACUUAUGUACAUUUUACUUAUGUAUUUUAUCCUGUGUCCUUCAAAGAUCUUGCACUAUGUUUGCGUUUAAGUAAAUGUGUAUU